CUGAGAUGUGACUCUUAGUCUCUCUUUAAAUAUGAAACCCAUCUCACCUCAUCUAUAUCUUAACCACCCCGCCCACCCUUAUACACAGCCACCCACCCACUGUAGGAUUAUCGAAGAAUGAGCCCCUCUUAUCGCCAGGCGAUCCCCGUCUCUGUUGUUGUCGCACGCCACUCGAUAAUCUCCCCUUGCCACCCACGAUGAAGAUUCCUUCCGCCGUCAGACUGGUGGAGGUCAGUCCUCGCGACGGCCUCCAGAAUAUCCACCACCAUAUCCCGACCGCGACUAAGACGGAGCUUAUCCGCAGACUGCAUGCCGCGGGGCUGAGGACGAUCGAGGUUACUUCUGUGGUCUCACCGCGCGCCAUACCACAACUUGCGGACUGCAGGCGCGUCCUGGGUGAUGCCUUUGUUCAGUCUUUGUUGAAUCGGGAUGGCGACGACGAAGAGAAGCAGGGGACACUGCGUUUACCGGUGCUCGUCCCGAAUAGGAAGGGCUUCGAGGUCGCUGUGGAACAGGGAGUGCGCGAGGUUGCUGUCUUCGUUAGUGCUAGUGAGGGAUUCAGCCGUGCGAACGUCAACUGUGGUGUGGAGGAGGCGCUGAAGAGGGCUCGGGAUGUUGCUCGGAGGGCUUCUGCGAUGGGUGUAGCUGUUAGAGGAUAUGUAUCAUGCAUCUUCGCAGACCCCUUCGACGGCCCUACGCCACUUACAUAUGUUCUACGAUGCGUUCGGGAGUUAUUAGCGAUGGGAUGCUACGAAGUCAGCCUAGGCGAUACCCUCGGGGUCGGCACCCCCGAUCAAGUCCGCUCGCUCAUCACAUAUCUCGUGGAACACGACAUUCCCACCUCGCGGUUGGCCGGCCACUUCCACGAUACCUACCACACUGGCGCGAUGAACGUCUGGGAGGCGUACCUCUGUGGGCUGCGCGUGUUUGAUAGUAGUGUUGCUGGACUCGGCGGGUGUCCGUAUGCGCCUGGGUCGAAGGGAAACGUCGCGACGGAGACGCUGGUGGAUAUGUUUCAUGCUGCGGGGGUAGAGACGGGGGUUGAUGUGGCUCGACUGCGCGAGACCGGGAGGUGGAUUGCCGGGAGGGUUUCUGCGUCUGCAGCUUCGUCUGAAGAGUUGAAGGAGCUGCCCCAUGUGCAGUCGAGGAAGGAGAGAGAGGAUAGUAAUGUGCGAUCUGAGGGGAUUCUGCAGUUUGAUGGGGAGGGAGGCAUGUCUAUGGCGGCUCGUAUGGGGCGCGAGGUUGAUUGGAUGUGCGUUCUUAAGACGGUGCUUGGACGGUAGAUAUGUGUACAGUUAGAGUUAGAUUUGCAUAGCAUUGGCUUAUUUAUUAC